GUAAAAAAGAAGCAACAUCUUUUUGGGGGGUUUCUUAAAAACUGCUACAGCCCAGGUCAGAGCUAACUUGAUGUAGGCCUUACAUACUCUCAACAUUCACAAUAAUAGGUUUCUCCAUCACCUGAGUGCCAGUAUUUUAUCUGAAAUCCUUUUUUUGUUUUUCCUUGGACGUAAGCUAACAUUUUUUCUGUUCUAAAAAGCCCAUCUCAGGUGUACCACAAGUCUGUGAGUCUCUGUUAGAUAAGGAACAAGAUGGGGCGAUGGAAUACUCUGGAUUUUCUCUUUAUUACCCUCAACUACAACAUCACAAUUGUAGGGAAAAUUUGGUUAACCCUGAUGAUCAUGCUCCGGUUUCUAGUCGUCCUUUUUGCUGGAUACCCACUGUACCAAGAUGAGCAAGAACGGUUUGUCUGCAAUACCAUCCAGCCAGGCUGCUCCAAUGUGUGUUACGAUAUGUUCUCUCCUCUUUCUCACUUCAGAUUUUGGCUUGUUCAGAUCAUAACCCUCUGUCUGCCUUAUGCCAUGUUCAUCAUCUACGUGGUUCAUCACAUAUCUGCAGAGGCUGCCAUUGACCGCUGUGUUUCAGACCGAAUUAAAACAACUUCCCAUUACAAAAUACACCAAGAAACCUUCAGGAAAGCUUCCCUAAGUAAAAUUGCUUUGGAGGCUGAACAAGGGAAGAUACACAGUUUCUUAGGGGCUUACAUCUUCCAUUUGUUGCUGAGGAUUUUACUUGAAGCUGGAUUUGGUGCUGGCCAGUACUACCUAUUUGGGUUUUUUAUUCCAAAGAGAUACAUUUGCUAUGAGAUGCUUUGCACCAGUAUGGUGGAUUGCUAUGUUUCCAGGCCUACAGAGAAGACAGUGAUGCUGAAUUUCAUGUUCGGGGUGAGCGCCUUGUCUUUCUUGCUGAAUAUUGCCGACCUGAUCUGUGUGAUCAAAAGAUCUUUGAGGCAAAAGCAUAAAAAUAAGCUACUGAUGGAAAAAAUGUGUGAAGAAGAGGAGUACUAUCUCUCUCCUGCCAGCGCCAAUGUAGACUCACACAUACAGCUGACUCAAGAGCUUGUUGCCUCUGCUGCUUUUCAUAAAAGAAGGACAAGCAAGUCAACUUUGGACGGAGCGAUGUCUGCGCGAUUGGAAGAGGUUGAUAAUUCAUCGGAGCCCUCGGACGUUCUCUCCCAACGUGCAGCUGGAUCCAACACCAACAGCAAUAAUGACUACCGGCAGAACCAGGAGGAAGAUGUAGAUCAGGAAGGCAGUGAAGUGGCACUUUGUAUGAGCGAGCUUAAGGGAGUGCCUCGAAUGUCUGGCAAGUACUGUAAGCAUGGUCGUCUGAGACCACCUCCUUCUCUUUUAAGGGAAAGAGUCCCUGCAGGGGAGGCAGACAUCUCUACAGAUCUUUGUGCCAAGAGAAUAGGCCAGUACACACUUGUGCAAAUGACCACCUCUGAUAUACAGUCCGGUUGUAGUGAACUGCAAGAGAGGCGAUCGGAGUGGGUGUGACAGAAAUGGAGAAUGUCCCCCAAUGUGCUUGAUUAAGAGAUGCAACUCAUUUGAUGUUACAAAAAACAAAACCAAAGAAAAAAUUGGUGAGCACUCUCGUGAUUCAUGCUUGUUCUUGUUUUUGGGGAAAAUCUUCAGGAAGAUACACCCGCUAGUGCUCAGAUAAUUCACUGGAACAGCUUGUUUUCUAAAUCGAGUUAAAAGUGUGUAUUGGAGCGACAUUUCACUCUUACAAAUGCAUUAUUGGUUGCUUUUUCAGUCUAAACCUGUGCUUCCUUGUGCUUUUACUUCUUAAAUCAGAUACAUUUCCAGAUUAUUUAUAUUACAAUAACCUUGACCUUAUUUUAUUUAGGUGUAGAAAUUAAAUCAUAUUCUACAUGUGUGGUCCUGAAGCUAAAUUGAUGCACCUUUUAUGUCCCUGCAGGGGCUUUAGGGGUCAAGACUCAAGGACAAAUGAACAGUUACUAAUGACAACAAUGGAACCAUAAUGGUCCAGUAGAGUGAUCAAUUCUAAGGACUGCUCACACUAAUGAACAAAUAUGGAUUAAUGUAUACACUCAGAUGCAUAUACAUGAAAUAAUGCUAGAAGUUGACAGGUAUGUUAUCUUCAGUCAUUGAGAUACUGGUCAUUACAGUAUUAAUUUACUUU